GGCGAGUAACAAGUCAUCGCUUUGGCUGAGCCGCUGUUAUCGCAGCUCCCGGUGUGUUGGGAUGAUCUGUUCGGCUGCCGUGUAGACAGAGAAAGUCUCAUCUCUCCGGACCUUCAAGUCCUGAGGCUCCAGCAGCCUCCUUCAUCAUCAUCAUCAUCAGCAGCAGCAGCAGCAGCAGCAGGAAGGAGUUUGAGUACAAUCUGAAAUCCAAUAGCCUUGGGAGGGAAUCAUUGAGCAUCGGUAUCGUUUAUUUAUCUCUCUCUCUCUCUCUGUAUUUAUAUAUAAAGCUCCGAGACAACUCGAGGUGUUGUUCCAGACUGAGAUCAGAUCAGAUCUCCAGGAGAGCAGAGGAGAGGAGAGAGGACUGGAUUCCCACAGCAGAGGAUCUGCGGGGAACGGUGUGUGGAACAUAGACAUAGACCUGGACCUGGACAUGGCAGGGAGGCUGAGCAGCGGUCUGGUUUGGGGAAAAUGUUCCUUUUAGGGAUUACACGUGCAGACAGGCCCUCGCUGGAGAGGAGAGUUGGUUGGUGAAAGUGGACAGAGGUCCCCCCCCACCCCAUGGCUCCAGCAAACAACCGUAAGGAUGGCAGCCCCUGGCCAAACAUGCCCUCAACUUUCUGGGCAGUAAUGAUCCUGGCGAGUCUUCUCAUCGCCUACUGCAGUCAGCUGGCUGCAGGUACUUGUGAGAUAGUCACCCUGGACAAAGAUAGCAGUCAACCUCGAAGGACUAUAGCCAGACAAACAGCUAGGUGUGCAUGUAAAAAGGGGCAAAUUGCUGGCACAACGAGAGCAAAACCAGCCUGUGUGGACGCACGAAUUGUAAAGAGUAAGCAAUGGUGUGAAAUGCUUCCAUGUUUGGAAAGAGAAGGCUGCAAUUUGUUAAUGAAUAAAUCAGGUUGGACCUGCACACAGCCAGGCGGGCGAAUAAAGACAACCACGGCUGGGGUUUGACAGCGCUGGAGGACUGAACACUGCUCCACUGCCGGGUCUCCUGACAAAUACAUCAACAACAAUUCCUUGUAGGAGCAGCAGCUUAGAACUCUCUGUGAGCUACUUACUCUAGUCAAGUUCUACGGCUGCGGACCAUCAUCUGUUGUACGUUAUUUCCUCAACUCUCUCUUUCUCCACAUCAAUCAAAGCGGCUUAAUCCCAUCCCUAUGUUUUUCAAGCUAAAAGGUGACUCGUUGUCUUGUUAGGAGACUGGGUCAAGAAAUGUAGAUAACAGCCAAGCUUGGGAAGCAGCAAUAGUGGCCGAGGCUGACGAUCCUCGUAACCUACUUUUCCACUGGUGUUGGACUAGCAUUACCUGUUUGAUGUUUCAACCCGGAAAGCCUGUUUUGGAGAAGACUGAACUAUUUCUAGCAGCCCUUAACAGGCAGUGAACAUGUGUCUCCAAGAGUUGCAGAAGAGCGGAGGCACAUCAGAAUGCAAAAGAGACACUGUGCUUUUAUUUAUGUAACUCUCUCUGACAUGCAUCUAUUUCCUCAUCUUUACCUGUUCAUAAAAUAG